GUCUGUGCUCACUACACUUUCACCUGCAACUGACUCACUCAUACACACAUCUACACAUUCAAGAUGCCUCAGUACAACAUUACCCUCGCCAAGGACGCGUCCAACGACGACCUCGAGAAGGCCAAGCAGCACGUCAAGGACCAGGGCGGCGAGAUCGUCAGCGAGUUCUCUCUCAUCAAGGGCUUCACUGCCAAGGUCCCCGACGAUGCCAUCUCCACGCUCCAGUCCAACGACAAGAUCACUGUCGAGCACGACGGCGAGGUCAAGACCCAAUAGAGCGUCACACUUCGAACGAGAAAUGAUAACGGCAUGAUGGCAUCGGGUGGAACUCUAGGCAUAUGAUAAUGAAUGGCAUAUGAAUGUGACACAGCCUGUCUACCUCUUCUUUUCUUUGUCGUCUCC